UACGAUCCAAGUUUUGAGAUAUGUCAGUCGAUUUGUUGUUGCUAGCUUUUAGAUAUUUGAAAAUCGGACAGACAGGAUGGCAGUGAUUUUAUAUUAAAAUUAAAAAAAAUAAAUAAAUAAAUAAAUAAAAAUAAUACAGUAACAAAAAGAAAAAUCCCACAUGACUCGUUCGGCAUCGGAUCUAACGGACCCCAUCCCUCCCAACCCGUCGCCAGUUUAAGAGAUGAGCGUGGGCUGAAUUCAGUCGACGCAAUAAAGUGCCACCAAUCAUCCAAUAACGACGAUUCUCUGCUUAACGUGAAAAUAUAUCCACUUUGCAUGUACACGCCUGAUGCUGCUCUACGCCGAAAUUUCUACAGCGCGCUGAAAGUCUGUCAGAAAUAAUACGUAACAGCUACCCAAAGUGACGAUGAAUGGAAAAAACACAGUUAUGGAAGAAAAGUCACAGUACGUUUCGUGUAUAAAAAUUAACGGAGUCCCAAUCCUGCCUCCUUUGAUGACGGAUGAUUUGAGAGCGGAAAUGAGCUAUUACAAACAACUAGCAAUAGCGGUGGAAGAGAAAUUGAAGAUGUUGAAAAUAGCCAAGGAGAGUAUCAGGACUGAAUGUGCAAAAUGCAUAGCGCUAGAAAACCAAAGUUUCAAGACCGACGAAAAGGUUGAAAAAAGUAAUUCGUACGAUUCGACAACGGAAGAUUCUUGCAUGACUGAAACGGAGACUAGCACAAUAGAAUCAGGACCGAAUAUUGACACAGUGAUAGAUAUACCGACCAGAGAAGAACAGCCAGAUAAAAAUUAUACAAGCUUAGAUACCAGUUUUCACGAAUCUACAGCAGAAACAAUGAAUCAAUCCGACGCAUCCUUUGAUAACGACGGAAAUGAAAACAGCAGCAAAGAGAGAAACGACGAGCUUUUCACCACCAGCACAUGUUCUGACACGAUCACUGCCAGCACGGAUUUAAAUCAGUACUUGGACGUUUCCCCGCCGACUCAAAGCACGGUCGAAACCGUUACACCAGAGAUUGUCAAGCCGAAGGUGCCUAAGACAUUGGAUAUCAUUCCGAUAACGGUACAAGUUCCGGAACGAGAGAAGAGAGACGAUUCGUUCGACGAGAAACCGUCCGGACAAAAUACACCCCCCAAACUCGUGCGACAAGGUUCGUACAUCUUGGAAGCACCGAGCCCAAUGCUGCUAGCUCACAUGCAAACGGAACUUGCGGACCCGGGUUACGUUCCAUCGACAACAAGUACAGCUAUUAAACGCAAGGAGUGGAAUAUAUCUCAGGCGAAGAGCGAGUGGGAGAACCAGAUUAAGAAUAAGGAAAUUAUUAUACCGGAUAAUUCAAGGGGCAGCAAUGGCCAUACGAGGUAUAGAAGGAACAGCAUGUCAACCUUAAACAAUCAGAAGGUGUUCAAAUCGUUGUCGCACGCUAAGAACGGUUCCUCCCUAGGAAUGCACCAGUCUGCCAAAUCCGUUGAUUGCAUACAGACAAUGUUGGAUAGGGAAUUGGUGUGCAAAUCUCCAGGCGGCGCUAAAUCCAAUGGUUACAGCCAAAUGCAGAGUGUUAGAGGUAGCGGCGGCUCGACGAAAAGCGGCAACUCUCAAAAAUUCAGGUCGAAUAGAAACGUAUCAUUUAUUAAUUUAGCCAACAGACUAGGAGGGUCGGUUGGAAGUCUCGUGAAUUUUGGAGGACAGUCUUGCCAGGCAAUGAACGCGAGGAACGAUCGAUCUAAACCAACGAUAAUUAACGAAGUGCAGAGCACUCCGAGCCCUGUAAAAUCUGUCGCAGUUACCGACAAACUCGUCAUUAUAUUCAAAGAAAUACAGAGAAAACACGAGGAGCAAAUGGCUGAGCUUAUUGCCAAACAGCAAAGGGAGCAAAAAAAUAUGCAGAGAGAAUUCGAGAAGCAACAAGCACUGCUACUUGGCCAGAUAAAAAAAACAUUUCCUGGUAUUUUGAUACCUCCAACUGCCGAGGAGGAGGCUCCUGACGUUUUGAAACCAGUUUUGAAUCCGACAAAAGAAGAUGACGAUACAUAUUCGUUGGACAAGAAUAAUCCGCCACUUCCCAAAUGUCCACUGGAUUAUAUUUAUCCUCUGAAUGGACACUGUGAGACAAUAAUAUCAUCUAGUAAUAAUACAAGCACACAUCCUAAAGUCGAUACUUCGGAGAACAAAGUUUUAGAAAGCAAUGAAUUACUCUCCAAGAAUAUCGACGCACCGUCGAGUAUCCACAGAUCUAAAAACACUGCAGAUAAAUGCUUAAAUGUUAGCCGGCAACUGUUUCCACUGGAUAGUAACACCGUACAUGUUCCAAUUCCAGUCAACGUUCAUUACACCGCAAAACACAUAAAAGCAGCGACGAUAAUAAACGCUUAUGCGAGAGGAUACUUAGUACGCCGACUGAUGAACACUGAACGUGUUGUGGAUCUGAAAAAUACCUACAAGGAGGCACUCCACUGUAUGCUGAAACUUCACGUAGACGCACCGCUAAAUUUGCCCGAGUUAAAUUUUCACCAACGUCUUCAGCUGCAGUGUGAUGCAGCCUCAAUGAACAUAGCCGAAUUGUUCGCACAAAGCCCCGAACAGCGGAUGCAAGUCAUAUCGCAAGACCGGGAUAUCAAACGAUCUCGCUCCGAACGCCCAAGCUCUGCACAUUCCUACUCUUUCGCAACUCAACGGACGCUUGCGAGAAAAAAAAUGAAGGAGAUGGGAAAUUUUUCCUCUCCUCCUAUAAGUAGUCGGCCUUGUUCAGCCAGGAGCAGAUGUCAAACAUGGACAUCAAACUCCAGAGAAAAACGGUCUCAAAAUAUUUAUCACGGAAUAAAGCGAAGUACGAGUGCAGGAACCGUUCGAAAACCUUGGAGAUGAAAAACCAUAACGGUGCCUUUACAUUAAAAAGUCUAAGUCAUAUGUUUUUGUACAAAAUUUCAUACUGCUGAAAUAAUUCCGUACAGUGCCUUGUCAUUUGUUUUUUUAUUAAACGCAAUUGUUAGCCCUACAAUGUUGUA